UCCAGUUCAGGGUCCUCAGUGAACCGGGCGAGGCUGUCCACACACUGCUGGACGAGCCGUCAGUUACACAAGGAACCUUACUGCACAGAAGACUUCCUUCAGAUGGAGGCCUCAACAAACAAUAUGUCAAAGCUGGAGAGAGGCAUAGUCACUAUAAUCAAAGUUUUCCACAAAUACUCCGGACAAAAAUCCAGUCUGAAGAAACACGAUCUUAGAGCGCUUAUCCACAAUGAGAUGAGUAAUUUCAUCAUGAAAAUCAAGGAAAAAGACACCCUGGAUAAGCUCUUUGCGGACCUCGAUCAGAACGGAGACCUAGAGAUUGACUUCAAAGAGUUCAUCGGCCUCGUCGCCAUGGUUACCUCAGCAUGCAACGAGCUGUUCGUCCCAAAACAACCAUAA